CACAGAUUGACAAGUUGUGUAGAUAACACCACCUCCAUCAUGAAAGACAGCGCCUGUUAUACGUUAGAAGAAAAUCGAAAAUAACCUCAUACGCAACAUGAGAAUAGCAUAAAACCCUAAAAAACCACCAGAAUUGGCAAACUGGAAGAUACUCCAGUCUAAUAAAAAAAAAUUAAAAUUAAAUCACCAAAUUGACAAUCAAGUCACUACCGGAGAGGGAGAGCUCGUGAGAGACUAAAAGCACAAUCUUUGACUUCAUGAAACUGAGCGGAUUCGGUGGCGAGGGGAUCUUUGGGGGCAAGCGAACUCUCCUCUCCGCAACUUGGAUCGAAUUGUGAACGGAGCUAAUAUCGGCGGCAUGUCGAUCACAGGGAUCAAAAACAGCCCUGAUGAAGAAGGCAAUCAGUGUGGAAGCGGAGAGCAUAAGGAGAAGCGGCAGCAGCCAUCGCUUCUGGUGAGCGCAACCAACGGCAUGCUUAGCCAUCUCCGUCGUCUAGGGUUUGGGAGAGAAAGAGUGAUGCUAGUUGUGGUGGCAUCUUAGGGUUAGGGUUCGGAGUUGGGAGAUGCAGGUGUUGGAGCUGUACAUUUUGCUUUGCGCAAUGGGCAACUUGGAAAAAUGUUUCUGGUGCUGGAUUUCAAACCGCCAACGCUUCUGGCCUUCGCGCAGACGCAGUUGCGCUUUGGUAUCGUUUAGUAUAUUGCUUGAGGUAAAUUUAUUUAUUUUAAAGUUAUUAUAAAUUAAGGAUUUAAUAAAAUUUUUUAUUCAGU